GCCCCCAACAGUGCCCUGGCCGCAGAGCCUCCACUGCGGCCCGAUGAAUGGAGUCGCUUUCUGCCUGGUCGGGAUCCCGCCGCGUCCGGAGCCCCGGCCCCCCCAGCUUCCACUGGGCCCCCGAGAUGGCUGCUCUUCUGGGCGUCCCCUCCCCUGGCCAGGGCCGAGGACACUGCUGCUGCGCAAGAGUCUUCAGGAUGGUUUUGGUUUCACCCUGCGCCACUUCAUCGUGUACCCACCCGAGUCGGCCGUGCACUGCAUCCUGAAGGAGGAAGAGAAUGGAGGCCGAGGAGGAAGAGGA